UUCCCGGAGUUCUCUGUUUAGCGGCGCUCAGCCCUAACCACGUAUACGCCACGCUGAUCAACUGAGAUCAACGCCAUGGCGGACUGUAGGAAGUGGCUUCUGCUCGCUGUGGGCCUCACGGCCAUGGUUUCCUCGUCGGGGGCGUACGUCUUCUACGCCGGCGGCCGCGACGGCUGGGUCGUCGACCCCGCCGAGAGCUACAACCACUGGGCCGAGCGCAACCGGUUUCAGAUCAACGACACCAUCGUGUUUGCGCGCGGCGAGGGCGAGGGCGCGGACUCGGUGCUGCUGGUGACCGAGCCGGACUUCGACGCGUGCAACACGCGCAGCCCUGUCCGCCGGCUAGAGGACGCCGGUGGCCGCCCGGAGUUCCGGUUCGACCAUUCGGGUGCCUUCUUCUUCAUCAGCGGCGAUGAGGACUGGUGCCAGAAGGGCAAGAAGCUGUACGUCGUCGUGAUGGCGCCUCGGCCCCAGGAGUGGGAGCUCGCACCGGCGCCCGGAUCGCCUCCGCUCUGGGCCUCGGCGCCAGAGCACGCGGAAGCCCCGGACAUGAGCCCUGGUGAGGAGGGGAUGUCGCGCAGCUCGCUGAAGGCGCCACCGCCGACGGCGAGCGCGGCACGGUUGGACUUGGACGUGAUAGUCGUCGGCGUUGUCGUGGGGUUUUUAGGUGCUCUGGUGCUCUGAGAUGGCAUACGAAUCGGACCGGGGCGUUGUGUUCGUGCUGUCAUGGAUGGUUAUGUACUUAUGUUCGUUGUGUGAUACUCUAGUUGUUAUACGUAGUUCAAGGAGUUGAGAUUCGUAUACUGAAUAAAAUGAUGUUUAUAUGUUA